GCAAGACCGUGCGCUGCGACUUCCGCGCUGGUUGUCGCGCCGGUCUGCGCCACGAUGAUAACCAAACUUCUCCUGAUCCUCCUGGGCAUAUCCAUCAUCCUCCCGUUAAGGACGCGCGUGCUGAGCACCUGAAACGGCUGCUAGCUUCCACCCCGCUUUCUCUAGGACGGGCGCGCCGAGCUCCCGAAACGGCGGAUUGAAGGACCUCAUGCUGAAUCAGAGAAGGGACCCUCUGCCGGUCUUGAUGAUGUCUAUGGCCCCAAGCCCCAGGCUCCCCAAAAGAAGCUCCCUGCUGAAGAAAUAAAGCCCACUGCUAUUGAUACUCCUCGCAGAUUUGGAAAGCUGCUAGCAGCCACUCAAAUACUGGACAGUAUGCUGAAUAACUAUGACCACAGACUGCGCCCUGGCAUUGGUGAGAAGCCCACUGUGAUCACUGUCGUGCUCUCUGUCAACACCCUUGGUCCUAUCUCUGUCCCGAACAUGGAAUACUCCAUUGACAUUACCUUAUGCCAGACCUGGUAUGAUGAACGCCUCCGUUACAACGGCAGCUUUGAGAGCUUUGUUCUGAAUGGUGACGUGGUGAGCCAGUUAUGGAUCCCAGACACCUUUUUUAGGAAUUCUAAGAGGAUCCACGAUUAUGGGGUCACCAGACUCAACCACAUGGUUCGCAUCCACAAAGAUGGCAAGGUGUUGUACACAGAUAGGAUGAUCAUUGAUGCUAGAUGUUCACUCCACAUGCUCAAAUUUCCAAUGGAUUCUCACUCUUGCCCUCUGUCUUUCUCUAGCUUUUCCUAUCCUGAGAAUGAGAUAAUAUACAAGUGGGACGAUUUCAAGCUUGACAUCAAUGAUGGUAAUUCCUGGAAGCUUUUACAGUUUGACUUUACAGGAGUGAGCAACGAGACCAAAACUAUCUCAACUAUAGCUGGUGAUUUCAUGGUCACCACACUUUUCUUCAAUGUGAGCAGGCGGUUUGGCUUUAAUAUCUUUCAAAACUAUGUCCCUUCUUCUGUGACCACGAUUAUCUCCUGGGUUUCCUUUUGGAUCAAGAGUGAUUUUGCUCAAGCUAGGACCUCUUUAGGGAUCACCUCUGUACUCACCAUGACCACAUUGAGUUCCUAUUCCCAGAAGAAUUUCCCACGUGUCUCCUGUAUGACAGCCUUGGAUUUCUAUAUUGGUGUCUGCUUCGCCUUCUGCAUCUGUGCUCUGCUGGAGUUUGCUCUGCUCAGUUUCCUGAUCUACCACUACAUGAAAAGCCGCACUUCUCCAAGAGUUCGCCAUCCACCUACCCGUGCCCGUGCCCUUACCCCUCUCCGUGCCCGCGCCUCUGCCCACGCCCGUGCCCGCCAGCAGCAGGAUGUUGUGUGCGAGAUCGAGGACUCCGAGGAGGACAGUGAUGAAGAGGAGGGCCCAUCUUGCCCGGCUCAGCAAUCCCUCCGCCCUGGUCGCACCCAGUGCCCUGGCAGCCGCUGCAGGUUGUGCAAGUACUUGUGCAUGGCCCGCAGUUGUAAGGGUAGUUUGUGGCAGCAGGGCCGCCUCUUCAUCCACAUCUACCGCUUGGAUAACUACUCGCGAGUUAUUUUCCCAGUGACCUUCUUCUUCUUCAAUGUGAUCUACUGGCUUGUUUGCCUUAACUUGUAGGUACCAGCUGGUACCCUGUGGGGCAGCCUUCCAUGUUCCCCAGGAGGUCCCACACCCCUUGCCAAGGGGGUUGGGGGAAAGCAGCAGCAGCAGUAGGAGUAACUAGAGAGUGUCUUUCCUUCCCCUGCCUGACCCAUUCAUUGAAUCUCCUUGGCAGCCCAUUUCAAGUAAAAUGGCUCCCGCUCUAUUCCUCAAGGAACACUGUUGAUGCUAAGCCUUAAAAAAUUCUAGGCUCUCAGUCACCGUGCCCAUGUAUGAGCGAAUUAACGAUCUCCCAACAGUGCUGACACCCAUUGCCCUUUUCAAGAAUCUCAAUACUGUCUUUAUAGUGCUCCAGGCCUAGCUCUGGCGUCAGCCUCAAAAUGCACAGACCAGCUGCUUGCCUGUUUCUGAAACCUCUUCAAGAUGCUGGGUAGCAGUAUAACCGGGUGGGGGGGUGUGGAUCCUUAGGUCAGAUUAUUGUAUUCUUGGUUCAAUCUCCCUGCCCGCCCUUCCGUACAGAUAGACAGACACUGGCAUUAUCCCUUUAGGAGGGGUGGAGCCAGCAAUUUAACCUCUUUGGGACAGUAUCCCUCCCUCUGCUGCUGUGACACCUCCUCCCCCACUCUGCCUCUGUCCCUCAUCUGCACUACCAAUUCAAUGCCUUGCAUCCAGUGGGUUUCUAUUUUUGUGUAUGAUAAUAGUGAUAACCCCCUGCUUUAUAUGCCAUCUCCUUCCUCUUCCUUUACCCCUGUAACUCUUAUUGUAACUUCCCCUAGUGACUUUUCCCAGCCCUGACCCAGGUGCUAGGCCAUGGUGACUUCUUAGGGCCAAGAAACAAAGAGGACUCUGCUCUGCAGUGGGCAUUACCUGCGUUGAUUGGUGCCAACCUAUGGCACAGCAUAGAAUUUCUGCCAUUUCUUCGGCCUUGAGACCCAGAGCCAGUCCAUUCUUAUCCCCGGGGCACUCUCACAAUGACAAUCAAUCAAUUGAAGUCCCUUAAAUUUAUAUAGCACUUUAUCUAUUGCAAAGCACUUUUUGACAAAUUAUUUCUAUUUUGAACCUCAUAAUAGCCCUGUGAUAGAUUCAGGGCAGGAUUCUUAUCCCCAUUUUUCAGAUGAGAACCCUGAGGCACAGAUUUCUAUGGGACUGUGGAUCUCACUGGAAACUACACAGGAGCCCACUGUCACCUUCUAGACUGCAUGACAGGGCUAGGCAUCUCUGUUCACCAUGAUUCAAUUCUAUAGCCUCUGCUGGCACCCCAGUGGCAGGGCCCAGAGUGGCAGCCUCUCUUCAACAUUGGCAUGCUCAAUUUCUGGGCCUUAGGUGCUCAGACUGCCCCCAAGAUACAAUCUUUCCUGGAUCUGGUAACCCAGUGAGAUGAAUUUGGACAUGCCCCAAUGCUUGUAUAUGCUAAAUGAAAUCUGUGUCUGUAUUUUAUUGUGGGGGGAGGGAUUGGGUAGGGGAUCCAUCUGCUUUUUGUCACCAUCACCUGAAAAGGGGAAAUAUAUCAAUAAAUAUAUCAGCAAAGCA